AUGUUGCUUCUCAUCCUGCUUCAGAGGCCCCAGCCAGUCCAUGGGAGGCUCGAUCCCCAAAACCUCCUGAGUCCAAAGAGGGCAAAGUUGGAGUCAAAGAACCAUUACAGGCCAGGAGAAUUUCUCAUUGGUGCCAUGGUCUCUACAGUUAAGGUUUUUCUUCGGCCAUUAAGCUUCACCACAACUCCUUCAUCCCAAGCACACAUAAAAUUAGUGACUGAAGAUUGGAAAAUCCUGUUCUUCCUUUUUGCCAUCCAGAAAAUCAACCAGGAUUGCCAGAUCUUACCCAACAUCACCUUGGGCUACAGCAUUUAUGAAAACUAUUACCAUGCAGGAAAGACUGCAGAUGCUUUGCUGGGGCUACUUUCAGAUGGAGAGACCAAGAUUCCCAACUACAACUGUGGAAGGCAGAGAAACGUACUGGCUGUUCUGGAAAGGGCUGAUACUGACAUCUCCAUCCAGAUUUCAACCAUGUUGAGAACCUAUAAAAUACCACAGGUCAGUUACAAUUUUGCUGCCGAGAUUCUGAGCGAUAAAGUUAGAUUUCCUUUCUUCCACCCAAUGCUUCCUGCUGAGGGAUUCCAGUUUCCAGGGAUGGUCAAGCUGCUCUUACAUUUUCAGUGGACCUUGGUUGGUCUAAUGGCACCAGACACUGACAAUGGGCAGAAUUUCAUGAGGACAAUGACUUCCAUGCUGAUGAGGAAUGACAUUUGUCCAGUUAUAGCAGAAACCUUUUCCACAUCUUACCGUAAGAAACGCAUUGAUCAGAAUCCGUAUCACAGUUGGAGACAAGGAAGCCAAAUGGCAAAGUCUCUUUUGCCUGUGGAUUUUUACUAUUUCAUCAAAAACAUAGCAGAAACAUCCUUUACAUGUUCAUACUCCAAGGAUACCUUUUCUAUGAAAGUCUGGAGACGUUGCAGGGAGACAGAAGAACUGGAGUCUCUGUCCCAGGAAAACAGCAAUGUGAUCCAGUCUCUGGAUGGCUAUUUAACUUAUAACACAAUCUGGGCUGUGGCACAAGCCAUCCAUGCAGCCUCUAUGGCUAGUUCUAAGAGGACAAGGAUCAAAGGGGGUCAAAACAUGGAAACACCAAAGCUGAAAGGAUGGCAGCUCAAUUUCUUUCUUCAAAACUUUCAGUAUUACAAUAACUCCAUAAAUGGAAUGUUUUUGGAAGAGAAAGGAGACCUCUCAGCAAACCUGGAUAUUGUGAAGUGGGAGGCUAUGGUCAACAAAUCCUUUAGGAGAGUUAUCUUUGGGAGUCUAGAAAAACAAGGAUCUUUGGAUUUCAAGGUUAUGAUCCACCAGAAUGCUGCUGCAGAGAUGGAAGGGUUGAAGAAGACCCUGCCUCCUUCCCAAUGUGUGGAAAGCUGUGUUCCUGGAUUCAUGAAGGUAACUCAGGAGGAGAAGCCCAUCUGCUGCUAUGACUGUCAUCCUUGUGCAGAAGGAUCCAUCUCCACCAAGGCAGAUGCAGAAAAAUGCAGCAGAUGUCCAGAAGAUCAGUAUCCAAACAUCCAGAAAAACAAUUGUGUCUGCAAGAUUAAAACCUUCCUAUCCUAUCAAGAAAAUCUGGGAAUCAUCCUGGCUUCCCUUGCUUUGUUCCUUUCUUUAAUCACAGGCUUUAUCUUGAUAAUCUUAAUUAAAUUCCAGGAAACUCCAAUUGUCAAAGCCAACAAUCGGGAUCUCUCCUACAUCCUUCUAGCUUCCCUUCUACUUUCCUUCCUGACCUCCUUCCUGUUCCUUGGCCAGCCAACGAAAGCUAACUGCCCUCUCCGACAAACAGCCUUUAGCAUUGUGUUCUCACUUGCUGUCUCGGCGGUCUUGGGCAAAACAAUCAUGGUGGUAUUAGCCUUCUUGGCCACAAAACCAGGAAAUAAAUGGCAGAGAUGGCUAGGAAAGGGUCUGGCCAACUUCAUUGUCUUUUCUUGCACUGGCCUCCAAGUUAUCAUUUGCAGCAUCUAUUUGGGCACUUCUCCACCAUUCCCUGAUUCUGACCUGCACUCCCAGCCUGGAGAGAUCAUCCUGCAAUGCAAUGAAGGCUCUGUCACCAUGUUUUAUGGAGUCCUGGGCUACAUGGGCUUACUGGCCACCAUCUGCUUCCUAAUGGCUUUUCUGGCCAGGAACCUCCCUGGAGUCUUCAAUGAAGCCAAGAUGAUCACCUUCAGCAUGUUGGUCUUCUGCAGUGUCUGGGUUACUUUUGUGCCCACCUACUUGAGUACCAAGGGGAAAUACAUGGUGGCUGUGCAAGUUUUUUCUAUUUUGGCCUCCAGUGCUGGCCUGCUGGGCUGCAUCUUCAUCCCCAAGUGCUACAUCAUUCUUCUAAGGUCAAAUCUCAAUAGAAAAGAACAUUUGAUGUCAAAUAUAACACUGAAAAGUGGAUUCAGAGUGAAGUAA